ACAACCUGAAUGCACUUUUCCUUCUUUUCCAGCCGGACCAUGAGCUACCCAGGCUACCCCCCACCUGCUGGUGGCUACCCUCCAACUGCACCAGGUGGCAGUCCCUGGGGAGGUCCUGGCUACCCCCCUCCCAGCAUGCCCCCUAUUGGGCUGGAUAACGUGGCCAACUAUGCAGGGCAGUUCAACCAGGACUACCUCUCCGGCAUGGCAGCCAACAUGUCUGGGACAUUUGGAGGAGCCAACAUGCCAAACCUGUAUCCUGGGGCUCCCGGGGGUGGCUAUCCUCCAGUACCCCCUGGUGGCUUUGGACAGCCCCCUCCUGCCCAGCAGCCUGUCCCUCCUUAUGGCAUGUAUCCUCCACCAGGGGGAAACCCGCCUCCUGGGAUGCCCUCAUAUCCAGCAUACCCAGGGGCAGGCCAGCCCAUGCCACCCCCUGGGCAGCAGCCCCCAGGGGCCUAUCCAGGACAGUCUCCAAUGACCUAUCCUGGGCAGUCACCAAUGCCACCCCCUGGGCAGCAGCCAGUGCCAAGUUACCCAGGAUACUCAGGAUCCAGUCCUGUCACCCCUGCUGUGCCUCCAUCUCAGUUUGGAAACCGAGGAACCAUCAUGGAUGCUUCUGGAUUUGACCCGUUGCGAGAUGCUGAGGUCCUGCGGAAAGCCAUGAAGGGCUUUGGAACGGAUGAGCAGGCCAUCAUCGACUGCCUAGGGAGCCGUUCCAACAAGCAGCGGCAGCAGAUUCUCCUGUCCUUCAAGACCGCCUAUGGCAAGGAUUUGAUCAAAGACCUAAAAUCAGAACUGUCGGGAAACUUUGAGAAGACUAUCCUGGCCCUGAUGAAGACCCCGGUCCUGUUUGAUGUCUAUGAGAUAAAGGAGGCCAUCAAGGGGGCUGGUACUGAUGAGGCCUGCCUAAUUGAGAUCCUCGCUUCCCGAAGUAACGAGCACAUCCGAGAACUAAGCCGAGCCUACAAAACAGAGUUCAAAAAUACUCUGGAGGAAGCCAUUCGAAGUGACACAUCAGGACACUUCCAGCGGCUCCUCAUCUCUCUCUCUCAGGGAAACCGUGAUGAGAGCACAAACGUGGACAUGUCCCUUGUCCAGAGAGAUGUCCAGGAGCUGUACGCAGCUGGGGAGAACCGGCUAGGGACAGAUGAGUCCAAGUUCAACGCCAUUCUGUGCUCCCGGAGCCGGGCCCACCUGGUGGCAGUUUUCAACGAGUAUCAGAGGAUGACGGGCCGAGACAUUGAGAAGAGCAUCUGCCGGGAGAUGUCCGGGGACCUGGAGCAGGGCAUGCUGGCUGUGGUGAAAUGCCUCAAGAACACCCCCGCCUUCUUUGCUGAAAGGCUCAACAAGGCUAUGAGGGGAGCAGGGACAAAAGACCGGACCCUGAUUCGCAUCAUGGUGUCUCGCAGCGAGCUUGACCUCCUGGAUAUCCGGAGAGAAUAUAAGCGAAUGUAUGGCAAAUCGCUGUACCACGACAUCACGGUAUGGGACCAGGGGCCAACAAGGCCAUCUCUCCCAUCGCAGUACCUCCAGGCCUUUCUUGGAGACACUUCUGGGGACUAUCGGAAGAUUCUGCUGAAGAUCUGCGGUGGCAACGACUGA